ACAUUCAGAACUCCGUCUUUUAAACAAAACCAAGCGCCUGUCGGUAAAUGAUGUAAACACGUCUUGAUUUAUGCAAUAACUUGAAUAAAAAGGAUAGUUUUCUGCCUUGAAGAUGAGGAAUCUUCAUUUGGUGUCCAGCCUUCAUCAGAGGCUUGAAGACUGUGUGGGAGCUGAACAUCUGGCGGUGAACUUUGAUGAUGGGACUGUGUACUGUGCCACAGAGAGAGCGGUCACUGCUUUCCAACCAGCCACUGGUGAGGUGGUGUGUAGCCUAGAUUUGAGCAGUGUUGAGGAUCAGCGAGAGGAUGCAAGAAUUCUGGGAAUCCAUCAUCUGGCAGAGGACCAGAGCCUGUGCAUAGCAAUCACCCUCGGCGACAUCCUGCUGUGGAACCUGCACUCACUACAGGUGGAGUGUGUCGGCAGUGUGGAGUCCGGACUGACGGCCAUGGGCUGGAGUCCCGCCUCGGAGAUCAUCUGUGUCACCACAGGAGCAGACACGUGUAUCCUGAUGACGCGGGAGUUUGAUCCCAUCACCGAGCUAUCUCUCCAUCCCAACACGUCAGGGGAAGCUGAGUUUGUGCAGGUGGGUUGGGGUAAGAAGGAGACCCAGUUCCAUGGUUCGGUCGGCAAACAGGCAGCGCAAGUCCAGCCAACAGAGGUAAAGCCUGUACAGGACUGGGACGAUCGUCGCCCCAGGAUCUCAUGGCGAGCAGACGGGCUCUUCUUUGCUGUCAGCUCUAUACAUAGGCUCACAGGUGCAAGACAGGUGUGUGUAUGGACAAGAGAAGGUGUCCACCACUCCACCAGUGAGAAUGUGGACGGCAUUGAACAGGCUCUAGCAUGGAGACCCAAUGGAAGCCUUAUAGCUACUUCCCAACGGAAGCCUAACAAACAUGACAUCGCUUUCUUUGAGAAGAACGGUCUGAGACAUGGAGAGUUUACCUUGCCGUUUUCUGUAAAUCAAGUUAAGGUGUGUGAGGUGAGCUGGAACAGUAACUCCUCCAUACUUGCCGUCUGGUCUGAGGACCUGGACUCCAAACACAACACCUAUAUUCAGCUCUGGACGACUGGUAACUACCACUGGUACCUAAAGCAGAGCCUUCAUUUCGUGGGCGGUGAAGACCGGUUCGGUGCUGUAAUGUGGGACGUGGAACAAGAGUACCGGCUUCACAUUGUGAUGCGGAGCGGGGCUUACCACCGGUACACAUGGGCGUGGGACACGGACACUUCUACCGGUCGGAUGUCUGAGGAUCAGGCCAUAGUGGCAGUCAUUGAUGGAGCCUCAGUUCUGAUGACACCAACCCGCCACAUGGUGGUCCCACCCCCAAUGUCCGCCUAUCAGCUGAAACUGCCCAAGGCUGUCAAUCAUGUCGUGUUUGCCCCCUCUCCCAGAAGUAAUGAUGUCGCUGUUGUAAUGGUGGAUCAUUCAGUUGCCAUUUAUAGCUUCGAGGGUAAGCCAGCAGGUGAUGGUGUACAGAUAGAGGCUGCCGGGGGCAAGGGCUUCCAGAACUGUUGUCAGUUCCCUACACUGAGGGGCAUAGUUAGCAUUACAAACUUGCCUGACGAGCACGCGUAUCCACUGAGCCUCUCUCACUUCAAAUGGGUGGCUGAUGAUGUCAUCAUAUUCUGUGCUGUGGUCAUGGAAACCAGGCCACAUUCUCGCCUCUAUAGAGCUAAAAUUCUUCCAGAUACAAUCUGUGUUGAAUCCAGCUGCAGAGUAGAGUCAGAAGUGUUUGGUAUAGCUGUGGAUCCAGAAACCAUGUGUGUGGCCGUACAACUGGAAGAUGGGGCUCUACUGAAAUACUCUGUCGAUGAUAACCUGCUAUUGCCAUGGGAGACAGCCAAUGGACAGGAAGUUAGCUUACCGGUUCCCUGCACUCAAAUGGCCGUCUGCAGCAUAGGAAACGAGAUGGCUGUAUUGGGUCUCACCCAGAGGUACAGGUUCUACGUCAACAAUGUAGAGGUUGCCUCGAACUGCACCUCGAUGGCGGUACACGAUGAGUUCCUGCUUCUGACCACCCUUCAGCACACUGUCCGCUGUAUCAGUCGCCACACCAGGGUCAACGCUUUGCCAAGCCUCUCCGAUGGUAAGGCCCACCCAUUUGACGAGAGUAUCCGUCGUGUGGAGCGAGGCUCGCAGAUUGUGGUUGCCGUGGGUGAGGACACGAGGCUCGUGCUGCAGAUGCCUCGGGGAAACCUGGAGACUGUGCAUCCUCGAGCCCUCGUUCUCACAGCAGUCAGGAAACACCUGGAUAAACUGCAGUUCAACGAGGCGUUCAUGGUGAUGCGCAAGCACCGGAUCAACAUGAACCUCCUGUACGACCACAACCCUGCAGCCUUCAUUAGCAACGUGGCCAUGUUUGUAACACAGGUUGCCGUGGUUACCCACAUCAAUCUCUUCCUCACUGACCUCUUAGAGGAGGAUGUCACGGUAACAAUGUACACAGCUGCAUAUGAGAGGAACAAGUCCCUGUCAGCAGGGAGCUUGCAAGCCACUCCCAGCUCUCUGUGCAAGGUGAACACUAUCUGUGAUGCUGUGAGGAAGGCACUUAUCGGCAUUGAUGAAAACAAAUACCUUCUAUCAAUUCUGACAACGUAUGUUAGGAAGUCUAAACCAGAAUUGGAACAGGCUCUUCAACUUGUGAAAAAACUACGAGCCUGCACCAAUGAGCUGCCGCACAUUAGCGCGGAGGAGGCGUUGAGGUACCUGCUGUUCCUGGUGGACGUCAAUGAGUUGUAUGACAUCGCCCUCGGCACCUACGACUUUGAUCUUGUGCUCAUGGUGGCUGAGAAGUCACAAAAGGAUCCCAAGGAAUACAUCCCAUUCCUGAAUGAACUGCGGAGACUUGAGUCCAGCUACCGCAUGUACACCAUUGACAAGCACCUGAAACGAUACGAGAGAGCGCUGUCACACAUCGUUAAGUGUGGUGAUGAGCGAUUUGCUGAGUGUAUGCUCCUUAUCAAUCAGCAUCAUCUGCAUGUACCCGCUCUCCAGUUGUACCCACCUCACUCGCAGCAGUAUAAGAACAUAGCCAUUGGCUACGCUGAAGUCUUGUCGGGAAAGCGUCGUCAUGACGAGGCAGCCAUCUUCUAUGUGAAAGGAGAGAUCUGGGACAUGGCCUUGACCUCCUUCCUGGCCUGUCACCAAUGGCAACAGGUCUUCUGUAUGACCGCCCGUCUUGGUUACACACAGGACAGGGAGGCCGCUGUGGCUAGAAAAUUAGCAGAGGAGCUGAAGGGUCGUAACCGGCACAGCGAGGCUGCCGUGGUGUUGGAGCAGUAUGCCGGUGACCUUGAGGAGGCGAUCGUGACCUUGAUACAGGGCACACAGUGGGACGAGGCAAGCAGGCUGAUGCACAAACACAAGCGAACAGAUUUUGUGGAGACAGACUUCAAGCCUCGGCUGUUGGAGAGCGUCGAUGCGUUGCUUGGCAACUUGGAGAGCAUGAAAGAGACGUUUCUCAAACACAAUGCCAGACUAGGCGUUGUGCGUCAAGAGAAGGAACGAGCCAGGCUGACUUUUAUAGAAAGUGGGGGUGGUGGUGGGGUACAGGAGGGGGACCUGUUCUCUGACACCAGCAGUGCCACAGGGGAGAGCAUCCUGUCAUCAGCGCCGUCCAUGUCUAGCUCCGUGUAUAGCAAAAUGUCCGGUCGUUCGGUAAGGAACAGAAGGAAGGCAGAGCUCAAGAAAUGGCGAUUAAAGGAAGGCAGUGAAUUUGAAGACUGUGCUCUGAUUGCAUCCCUGGCCAAGAUAGUUAAAUAUGUGGAUGGACUAAGAGACGAGGUGAGAUCUCUAGUGCGAACAUUGGUGAUGUUCAAUUAUGACAGCAAGGGAGCGGAACUUCAGAGGCAAUAUGACACCUUCCUGACAUUGAUUGACAGCUAUCUUGGGGAGAUUUGGUUGGAAGAGGACCAGGAGGCAGACGUCAAACCGGUGCUGGGUCCCACAACGACUGCCAAUUCGAUAGCCCUUUCCCUGCAGCAGGGGCAUGGUCAACAGAGCGAGUCAGAGGAGGGGACAGAGAAAACAGACCCAAUAAUAAAGUUUGCGCCAGUGCUACAAAAGGACAAAAAGUGGAAACUGUAUGCCUUGGAAACAUGAGCACUUAUUGAAGAAACAAUGAGCAUGUGUACAGACAGAGGCAGGCUUGAGAUAGCAUGAUGUGCAAUAUGUGGAAGAUGUUUACCACCUAGAGUAUCGGACACUGAAGUUGUUACAGUUGUUAUAUUGUUGCAGAGAUUUACUACUACUACGUACUACAUAAAAUAAUGUUCAACAAUAACAAUAAUUAAGUAUGCAUUCUAUGACCAAGUCAUGUUAAUAAAACAAGUGAAAGUUUGAUAAAAAGUCUGUUAAUAUUGCCAAUAUGAAGGUACAUAUAUUGAUAUAUGUUUGUGACAAAUGUUUUACUGACAUUAUGAUGUAUAAUGUACACAGUAACAGAGUAGAAAUAUUGUCUUUAAAUUUGUAAUAGUUCCCUUAAAAAAUGUCUUAGAAAUGGCGCAGCAAUUUUUCAGGCGGGUGGACAUGAGUUCAGCUUAGAAGCUUUGAAAGGGGAUAUUUAACCAUAACUGACCUUCAAAAACACACAAAACUGCCUUUGUAGAAGCCUGUAAUUGGCAGCAGCUCACAUUUUGCACAACAAGCAGCAAUCUACAUGUACACUUUACUUAAAUGCCAAGUGCAAAGUCCUCAUGGUUAUCUAUUGUUAGAACCCUAUGUUCGGAAAUGAGAGGCGGCAGUUUUUAUUUAAUCUUGAUUAAACUUGUUGGUCAGAAUUUUUUUUUUUUACACUUUCUAAGCUGAGUUUGAAUCUUGUUCACAUGCGUCAGAAAACUAGGUGUCCAUGUCGAAUGUAGGAUCAAUCGGGUAACCACCAUUGAAGCCACAUUUACUACUCAAUUUCGAUGAAACUUGAGAAUGAUUAUCUUUUCGAUAUGUAUGCAAAGUUUUAAUAAGGGUCACAUGCAUCCAAAACAAGGUCACCUAUUCACGUCUUGGACAAUAGUUGCAACACUGAACAGGUAACGAUUUACAGGAUUGGGCCCAACUGAUAAUAUAUUUAUGGUUUUAAAUAUGUUGUAAAUUGUAAUUUGGCCCAUCUUUAUUGUAGCUCAUCUUUAUAACAUCAUAAUGAUACAGAUUGCGCAAUUUGCUUGACACUGGUUAAGGAUGUAUGCUGCAGUUUUAAUGAAAAUUUUGUUAUAUCUAGAAUUUGCUAAUUUUUGGUAUUAAGCUAGAACCAUUUAUUGUGGAUAGAAAAGUAAAAUUAAAAAUCAUUGGUA